ACAACAUAUCAACGUCGGCCAUAUUGGAUUUAACAAAAUGGAGUUGUUUUGACAUUCUUACAAAUACAUAGUGUUUUUUCCCCAGUUUGAGCGCAAUAUAAUUUGACAAUGGCCACGCAAACACAAACAUUGCGGAAGGCACCCGUUCAGAUGUCAAGAACGCAUGAUUAUCUUUACGAUAAUCUUCAUGUUCUUGCCAGUGAACGAGACCAUGCCAGAGCCACAUUUAAAGCCCAUACAAGUACAGACAGGGUUAAAAGGGUACCGGUCUACAAAACUAUGUUCAGUGAACUGCGACAUCAUCCACGAUUUCAAAUGCGUCUUGAUGUAACUGAUCCAGUCCCAAAGUUUAUUUCACGUCAAUGGAGAGGAUAUGCUGAUCAGCACAGAGAACAGGUUCUUCGUUACACAACUUUCAAUUAUGAUCCCAGUGUACAAGUUCCAUCUAAGGAAUAUUCCACUGCAAAUGUUCGUGGAAAUGACAGAUAUAAGUUUUUCAGGAGGCCCAUCAUUCCAUUCCUUCAACAAGUGCCUCCAGAAGUUUUAUUGGCUACCACAAGACAUGAUCCUUUAGCUGGGCCCGAGAUGGGUAUGGAAAGGCCUCCAACCCCUUUGACACGAACGGUGGAAAUCCAGACAGACUACAGGGAUUCAGAGGCUCAGACUGACCCUUACACUCCAGAAUAUGUUGUUAGACCAGGAUCUGCCCCAGAACUUCUUACUCUGGCUACACUUUCAUAUGGUCGAGGUUUGCCAGCUGGUUUGGCUGAGGUUGAGAUGAUUGAACGUGCACGAGCCAAACGUGCGUGGGAGGCAACAUUACCACCAUUAAACGAUGUAUCACAGCUUGAGAAGCGUAAGAAAAUGAUGGAUGAAAUGGAGAGGAAAGAAUGGGCGCUAAGAGAAUCCGAAAUAGAAAAAUUACAAGAGGCAAGAUUGGAAGUUCUAAAACAACUUUUAAAACAAAGAGAGGAAAAUCAUCAAGAAUUAAACAUCAAAAGAUUGGACAAAUUAUGGUCAAAGAAACAGAGAGAAAAGGAGGGGAAGAUAAAGAAGAUCCGAAAUGAACAUAUCAAAACAAUAAGAAAGCUCACUGAAAAGAGGAGAAAAGUUGAAGGAAAACUUGAACGUAGAGAUGUCAUCACCGACUUCUCUAAUUUUGGCUCACAAUCGUACGCCCCUCUCACCCGUGUUGGCAUCUUCAUUGACCGAGGCUCGGAGCAGUUUGUUGUAAAGAGCCGUCACUUAAACACCUACCAGGGCCUGAUGGAACUGGAGGCUUCCUUACCAGAUUUUGUCACACAGCCAAGAAUUAAGGCUCCUAGACCUAAGACUGUCACCAAGACAGGUUUUGUGAAACGUAAAUACAGACAAGAAGUUGAAUUGAUGGACAUGCAUAACACAUUGAAGGAGGAGAAGUUGAAGGGACAAGAGGAGCCUAAGCCAUUGAGAUUCCUCCAGAAGAUUGAGAAACCUAUACCGCGACCACCAACACCGACUGUUGAAGUACCCUCUGAAGAGGAAGAAGAGAGAGAACUGGGCGUGAUCUUCUUACAACAGGUGAUACGUGGUCGAGCCAUCCAAAAUAUGAUGUAUGAAGGAAAGGAGAAGCGUAUGGAGUUGAUACGAGAGUUGAGAAGCACACAUGCGUUACAGGAAGCCGAGCAGACAAUGAAGAAACAAGAGAAACAGGCGACACUUGCUCUACAGAGACAGAGAAGACUUCAUGAACAUCAGGAAUCUAUGGUUGAUGAAGCAUUGGCGAAGGUUGAAGGUGAAAGCCUCGGUGACAUGUUUGAUUUCCUCAGCAAGGAGCUCAUCAGACUUCAGGAGGAGCGCAGGAUUCACGCCUUCUCUAUGCUGGCUGAGAGACAGAGGAGAAUCCGUGAGGCCGAGGAAAGUGGACGUAGACAGGUGGAAGAGAGGAGGCGUAGAGAAGAAGAUGAAAUAUUUAAACAGGUUGUCAAUGUACAUCAGAGUACUGUCGACAGCUAUCUUGAGAAUAUUGUACUUGACUCAAUAGACAACACUGCAGAUGCCCAGGCUAGGUUCGAGGUCUCAGAACUGGCUACAAAGAUCAAUGAUAUUGCCUAUGAUAUGGAAGACAAGCGUACCCAACUCGAGUCAGAGGAGAUUGUUGCUGAUCUUGUACACUGUUUCCUGAUACCAGAAGUUAAAAAAUCUACAGUAAGAGAAAAAAUAAAACGUGACCAGAGGAAAUUCUUGCUAGCUGCUCACAAGGAAAUUCAUAAAGACAGUGAGGAAGUGAUAGCCAUGCACCCACGAGCCCCAAAAACUGCCCCAACCUCAAGUACAACAGGCACCCCUGAUUCUCCUAAGCAGUGAUAAUAAUAUAUAUUUAAUAAAAGACAAUUUAAUCCCGAAUUGUAUAAUAGACAAACCUUUUUUUCCUUGAAAUAAAAAUAGUAAAACAUC